AUGAAUGAUGUUGCUCCCUUUGCUGAUGCUUCCUUUUGGAGGAAAGUUUGGGGCAUCGAUUGUUUGCCCAAGAUUAAAUUCUUUUUGUGGAAUUUUUUUGCGUAUAUGAUUCCGGUUAAUUCCCUGUUAAAGUUAUAUAACCCUGAUGUGGAUGUGAUAUGCCCUCUAUGUCACUGUCAUGAAGAAACAGUUUUGCACUUAUUCAUUAAAUGUCCAGUUGCUAAACACAUUUGGUUUGGGGUUUCUUUACUUCAUUUGGUCUCCUCAGAUUUGGAUUGGAUUGAUGAUUACUUUCUGUUUUGGCAUAAUCCUGAACUUGGAGACUCUCCCUUUAAUGUUUCUUGGCCUAGCAUAGGUGCUAUUAUUACGUGGUGUAUCUGGAAGUUAAGGUGUGAUGUGAUCUUCAGAAAUGCUUCUAUUGAUCUGAAUAGGGUCAUCUUGGAUACUAAGAGAAUUUUUAACACUUACAUUUCUCCUCAGAAUCGUCCUGUUGUUGUUCUUAGUGAUGUUAAGAUCCCUGUUGCUGAAGUGGAUCAUUUUAUGUUUGUUGAUGGUUCUUUUAAAGACUUUAAUAUGGGUUUGGGUGUUAUUUGGUGUGAUGUUGUAGGAAAUGUAAGAAGUUCUCGAUCGGACUAUGGUUUGAUUCCAGAUGCAGUAGGUGCUGAAGCUGCUGCUCUAAUUUUGGCUAUCUCUUGGGCAGAAGAGAUGAAUCUUUCCAUAGUUAUUUUUGUCAGUGACUGUCUUCAGCUUGUGCAUUUCAUAAAUGGAGUCAGUUCUAAUAUUGCUUGGAGAAGUAGUGAUCUUCUUGAACAAUGUCGGAGUUUAAUUUCUAGUUCAGUUUCCUUUAAAAUCAUGUACAUUAAGCGUGUGAAAAAUCUUCUAGCUGACCGGCUUGCACGUCGGCCUAAAAAACACAGUAUUACGGGUCUUUGGGUCUCCUUUUCUUCUUUUUUGAACUCUCUUAUUAGGAAGGAGAACCUGAAUGAUGUUUGUACUUCUCUUAUUUCUUAA